ACCUGAGGGGUGGUGGGGCAGGUCUGGGAGGCACCGAGGUGGUGGGAUGGGGCUGGGGUGCUGCUGAAUGGUUCCAAAGCCAGGAGAUGCCCAAGGUCAUCAGACUCUCACCCCACCAGGCACCGGAGGCAUCCAAAGGGAAGUUACGCUCUGGCAGAGUGUUGUCUCCAAAGGAUCCUGAAUGGCUCCAGUUAAAAUCAGCUAUGUGGUGUCCUUCUCCUCCCAGGUGCCUGGGGGUUUCCUCUGGGGGGCUGGGUGUGGAGGUGAUCCCUCUGAGCUGCUGGGGUCUCUGAAGAGGUGGGUCAGGGCACGACAGGGUGCAGUACAACCUCUCCUUGUUAAGCUGAAGAGCAAUGAUUCAUGUCAUUCUUACUCUAAGUGGGAUGUUGUUCCUGUAGGUUACCAGAGAAUUCUGUGCUUCUUCUCAUAUCCAGAACAAGCUGGAGGGGAGGGGUUGGUAUAUGAUGCUGUGUCCCUGCUGUGUGUGCAGGACCCCAAGGACCCAACAGAAAACCUGCUGAGUGAGGAUAGCAUACAGCCCUGGCUUGGUUGCCCCAAGGAUAACAGUAGGCAGCUGAGUGUGGAGCUGCGACUAGAGAGAGCCAGUCCCAUUGGCUACGUUGACAUUAAUACUUCCCUCUGCACAUUUCUGCAGUUUGAGGUGGGAUGCUUCUCAUGGCCCUGUGACCAGCCCUAUCUCACCUUGGUGCCCACUGUCACACUGAUGACACCAGCUGACUCGAAGCUGGACCAGAAUCACUGCGGGGUUCAGAUGUUUUAGGAAGGAGGAUGCUGACCUUAGACAGACCCUGGUGCUCCAGCCCUGCCUUUCACAGGACUUUCUUUCCUGAACCAUGCAUUUACAUGGCCUGAUGUGGUCCACCCCAUCCUGUCCCUGCACAGUGUGGCCUGGAGCACCUUGAGGUACUUCCUUGGACCCCAGAGCCCCAGCUCCCACCACCUUUGUCCUCCUGCAAGGCUGACACUCCCAGGAGAUCCAAGGAGGAAAAGCAACUGAGGAGCUGCCUGUGGAAGCUGGAAGGGGCUGCCUGGAGCCCAUCCCACCUCAGCUGUUCUGCCUGAAUGGCACUGUUGGCAGCACAGAACCAGGUGCUGAGGCCCAGAGCUGGCACAAGCACCCUGGGGGGGUCACCCAGAGCUGCUGGCCAAGGAUGUGGGAGGUCCUGCAGUGCCAGGUGAGUGAAUCUGCACAGCCAUGUCCUGGGCUGGCCCCCAGCCACUGUGGGCAGCAGGACAAGGGGGAAUUCUGCCCCUCUGCUCUGCUCAGGUGAGACCCCACUUGCAGAGCUGCCUCCAGCUCUGGGAUCCCCAACCUCAGAAGGGUGGAGCAACUGGAAUGAGUCCAGAGGAGGCCAUGGAAAUGCUUUUGAGGGCUGGAGCCCAUCUGCUGUGGAGACAGGCUGGGACAUCCAGGGCUGUUGAGCCUGGAGAUGAGAAGGUUCUGAGAACUGGGAGCCCCUUCCACUGCCUGAAGGGGCUCCAAAAGAACUGGAGAGGGACAAUGGGCUGGGAGGACAAGACAAGGGGCAGUGGCUUCAAAUUGACAGAAGACAGGAUUAUAUAGGAUAUUACAAAGAAAUUCUUCUGUGAGGGUGGUAAAAUGCCAGAGCAGCUGUGUCUGUCCCAUCCCUGGAAGUGUUCCAAGGCCAGGUUUGAUGGGGCUUGGAGCUACCUGGUCUAGUGGAAAGUGUCCUUGCCCAUGGUGGGGGGGCUUGGAACAAGAUGAGCUUUAAAAUCUCCUCCAACCCAAACUGUCCUCUGUCUCUGUCAUUCCUGCCUGCUUUUCCCCAGGCUCUGCACCGGAUGUUCUCUUUAGCUCCCUCAAGUACCUGCAGGCAGCUGGACAGGCAUUGUGUACCCAGCCCUCCUGGCAGGUCACUGCCAUGGGUCACUGUCUUCCUCCUGCCCUCACCCUGGCUGUUUACUGCUCUCAGUCUUUCCCAGAUAGUUCUGGGCCCAGCCCUUCACUCUUUUGGGCUGGCAGCAUGUGGCAU